CUAAUUCUUGGUGUAUUGGCUGAGUUCAGCUCUGCCUUUCCCGGCAUGGGAAACAUGCGAAGAGAGGCUGGUGUGCUCCCUCGCAGAGCCGCGGCCUCUGCUGUUAGUUCAGCAAACACUGCUGCCAGUACCUACCCAGCCUGGCAUCCAGCACAGAAGGGAGAAGUUCGCUCACCAUGUCCCGGUCUCAACUCCUUGGCCAAUCACGACAUUUGUCCACGAAGCGGCAAAGGAUACACUAUUCCAAUCUUGACUGAUUGCUUGAAGCGAGGCUUGAACGUUGGCGGCGACUUUGCUCUGGUCGUAGGCACGGCAGGCAUUGGGUCCAACCCCAGCCCUCUGACCUCUGGCUUGUACUUCGACCUUGAUAUGCUGGAUCGACAUGACUUUUUGAUUGAGCACGACGGCUCAUUGUCCCGUGCCGACACCAUCACGGGCGACAACCACAGUUUCAACCAAACCAUCUGGGACACUGUGCUCGCGUACUACAGUGGUAUGACAGAUGCUACCAUUCCUGUUGCGUCCAAAGCCAGAUUCAACCGCAUUCAGACGGAAGCUGCCAGAGACCCCAACUUCAGCUACAGCCCUGUCCAAUUCAUCCUAUCGUAUGGAGAGACCGCACUUUACCUGUCCACGAUGGGUGACCCAAUCACUGGAGUUGCUCCCUUGGAGUACGUCCGCAGCUUGUUCGAAGAGGAAAAACUCCCUUACGAGCUUGGCUGGCAGCCACCAAAGACGACGACAACCUUGGCCAGUUUGGGAGCGAUGGCUCUUCAACUCAACCUCGCGAGCGGUGAACAGGUUCCUGAAGGCGUGAUUCUGGGAGAAAAGAGUCUGAGAGCGGCACUGAUCGGCCUCAACGCUGCCACCGGCGAGAUCGAGAACAAUGUUGUCUAUGCUGUUGCGAAGCUGACUGGUGCGCUCGGUAGCUUGACUGGUGUUUUGAAAGGCUUGACCGGUUCGUAGUGUGUGUUCAUUUUUCUGAGGGAGAUCGAAACACAUCGCAUGUUUCUGCCCGAUCGGGU